GAGUGCUACUUUUUUAUUUUUAUUUUUUUGGGUUUUUGGUGUACAGAGAAAGAAGAAGGGGAAAGAGAAAAACACAAGACCCUAACGCAGGCCUUGCCGCAACUGCCGCAAUACCGUACUUGGCGGAAACAACCACUCCACAACUUCACUUCAUUCAGUUCAGCACCACCACGGGCACCCGUCUAAGCUAUUCUCUUUUCUAGAAACUUCCUGAAACCUCACCUCUCAGUUUCUCCGCUGUUUCAAAUCGAAAACACGCCGCAGCACCUCCUUCUCCGUAUGAAUCUCCGGCAAUCGGAGGAAAGCAUAAACUGAAUCUGUCUCAUGAACCAUUAAGAGUGCUACGUUAAUUGCACAUUAAGAUGAUUUCACAGUUUCAUUAGUCUUGCGGCGUCGAAUAAGUGUUCUCAUUUUGUCCUUGUGGGUGCCUGUGGAGGAGAAUCGUCACCAUCUUGAUUGUUAAUGGCAUACCAAGCGAUUCAGGGCCCAAGCUCGGGAUCGAGUUCAAGUUCGGGGUUUCAGUUAUUGAACUCUCCUUUCGGUGACACCACAUACACCAAGGUUUUCGUCGGAGGGCUGGCAUGGGAGACUCAAAGUGAAACCAUGCGCCGCCACUUCGAGCAAUUUGGUGAAAUUCUUGAGGCGGUAGUCAUCACUGACAAGAACACCGGGAGAUCCAAAGGAUAUGGUUUUGUGACUUUCCGGGAUCCCGAGGCUGCUAGGAGAGCGUGUGCUGAUCCAACUCCAAUCAUUGAUGGUAGAAGAGCUAAUUGUAACUUGGCUUCACUCGGUCGACCACGCCCUCCGCUGCCUUAUGGACGGAUAAGACCAGCCUCCCCAUAUGUUGGAGGUUUGCAACCAGCGAGAGGAGCCUUUUUGGGAAGUUUCGGCUACCAGCAACCAGUUUCAUACGGCUAUCAACAGGGGUUGGUUUAUCCACCUUAUGGGUAUACAACGUAUGGACCUGAAUACGUCUACCCACAGAGUAUGUACAAUCCAUAUAUGGGUCAGCAGUACCUUCAGAUAUAUGGAGUGCCUGGUGCAGUAAACACAACCAUUUAUCCCUCCUAUGGACAAGUGGGUCAGGCUAUGCCUAGUGGACAUGGGUAUACAGCAAUGCAAGGCUAUACAAUACAAGGCCAUCAGAUCGUGCCAUAUGGUGGAUCUAAUGUUAAUGCGAUGUCAACUUCACCUAUGCCUGCCAUUCAAACACCAUAUCCUAGUGGAAUCGCUGCACCAGUUCCAGGCCAACCACAAUUUAUUGUUCCUGCUCCUUCUCCACAGUUUAUGCAAGGCAGUGGUCCUGACCAAACCGCUGGGUGAGGGGGCAAAUAAGGUACCAUUAGUGUGCAGCAGGACUAGAGCAGUGGAACUGCUACUUGAGUGGCGGACUUCCAAUCUAGCCUUGCAAGUUAUUAUUUUGCAUUCUAGAGGUCAUAUAUAGUCAUGCUCACCAGGUUGUGUAUAAGUUGGCUCCAGAUGGCAAAGGAAACUGGAAUCUGCGGGCUGCUUCUUUUCCAUUUGGAUGUUUACACUAGUGUAUUUAUACCUGAUACUGCAAUUACUCAGAAAGAGUUAUGGUAGUAUUGGAUCAAUGGGUGCUGGAAUCGGUUUUCUGGUAGCCAUGUAGGAAUAAACCUUAUGUAAAAAAGAAAAUCAUGUCUGAAUCAAAAUAUGAUUCUUUGUAGUCAUGUCCAGCAUUGAGUUUGUAGAUAGUUGUCAAUGUUGGGUGAAUUUGUGUGACGAUGGAUGGGCCAUCACAUUGAAUGUGAUUUUUGUGCAUAUUAGUUCUCAUAGGUUCUUCAACAAUUCUAGAAACACGGGUGUAAUUUAAUGAUUUUAAGAAACCUGCUAUUUAUGCAGGGUAGAACCAUCAAGUAUAUUCCAUUUUAGAGAAGAUUGCAUUGUUACCUCUGUUUUUCACAUUGGGCACCUAGUUCUUGUUCUUAUUUCUUUUCAUCCUUUGUCAAGCUGUUAUUAUAGAUGUCCUCACAUGUAAUAACCUCUAUAUUGUUCUCAUUAUUUAUUCAAAUUUUUCA